AUGCAACUCUUCAAGACUCUUCUUGCCGGCGCGGCCCUCGUUGCCUCUGUCGUUGCUCAGGGACAGAUUGCUUUCACCUCUUUCCCAAGCAAUCUCGUUGCCGGAAAGCCAUUCGAGGUUAAGUGGACUGGCGGUGCUCCCGGAGCUCCUGUUACCAUCACUCUGCGCAAGGGACCCAGCGACGACCUCAAGGAUGUCGCCGUCUUGACCUCCUCUGCAACCGGUGGCAGCUACACCUUCACUCCAUCCACUUCUCUCGUCUCCGGCCCAGACUAUGCUCUUCAGAUCACCCAGGGUAGCCAGAUCAACUACACCGGUCUCUUCUCCAUCACCGGCGGCACCGGCAAGCCAUCUUCCACCUCUGCUACCACCACUGCUUCCUCUGGAUACCCAACCAAGCCAGUCACCAAGCCUGUCUCUACUACCCACGCAAGCAUGACCAUCACUAACUCUGCCAACUCUACCACCAUGAUGACCAUGACUUCCUCUGGCACCGCCAGCAUGGGAACCGGCACCACCACCCACCGCAACACCACCAUGGCCACCCCAACCCUCUCCUCCACCCGUACCCCUACUCUCUCCCCCACCGCUAAGCCAACUGGCAACGCUGCCUCUUCGCUGGCUGCCAUGUCCAGCCCUCUUGCGCUAAUCAUGGCCGCUCUCGCUGCCUUUGCUUACCUCAACUAA